AUGGUUCUCGAGUUCGAUGCCGGAAACUAUGGGCAAUGGCGUCUCUGCUUCCUUGCUGUCUUCGCCAAAUUCGGUCUUGUCGACCAUAUCAACUCCUUCAUGGUGCAAGGUACUUCUGAUUGGGUGCAAAACGAUUACUCCAUCGUCUCCUGGCUCUACUGCACCAUCUCCACCGAUCUGCUACGCACCAUUCAAACCGGAUCGGACACCGCCUACUCUCUGUGGCGCUUCAUUCGUGGGCUCUUCCGCGACAACAGGGCCACCCGAUCUGCGUACCUCGGCGCCGAAUUCCGGAACAUCUACCAGGGCGACAUGACCGUGAUGGCCUACUGCACCAAGGUGAAACUCCUCGCCGAUCAGCUGCGCGAUCUCGGCUCGCCAGUUUCUGAUCCCGACCUCGUCAUCACCCUCCUGCGCGGCCUCAACCCUCGUCUUCAGCACGUCAUCCCCGGCCUAACCGUCAACAAGCUGCCCAACUUCCUCAAGAUGCCUCUGCGGUUCGAUCAGAUAUCAGAGAGCGGCAUCGAUGCCCGGCGACUUCGGUGA